UUUUUAAGCAUACCCCAAAGCCGACAUUGCAUUGGAUAGCUGAAGAGCUCACCUAUGAGGCGCUUCACACAAGCCCAGCAAUACAUAUCCAAUGUUUACAGAAACUGUGCAACCGCCCCAGAUGUACUCGACUAUAUGGAGAGCGACAGAGCUAAUUGUAGUGAAAGCAGCAGUAUACACAUCAGUAAUAGUUACAGUGACACCAACCCAGUACACAGCAUCCUUGGACAGCAAAAGUCAAUGCAUGUCUGACCCACCUGCUCACUCCUCAUCCUAAUCUUGAUCCUUCUCCCGAUUCGAUCGCGAUUCCGAUCCCAAAUCCGACGUGCCGGGUACGUUGAUAACACAAAGGAAUUAUAUCAUGGGGUCGUGUCAUGUCCUCUCCCACCCCUUGCGUAGAUCAGGGGCAC